GCUAAGGCGUGUGCUCCCGGGAACGAUGUGUUGGGCUGAUUUCACACAGUUUCUGAGGACGGGUGGCGCUUCCCUGUGUAGUGCCCGGGGACGCCGAUUCGAGCUGUGAACUGACGAGCAGAACUCCCAGCCCGCCCGAGAAGGCGAGUCGAAGGCGGACGUUCCCCUCGGCUGGACCCCCCGUACCCGCGGCUGGGCGGUCCGGGGCGGUCCAGGGCGGAGCGGCGGGGAGCGGGAAGCGGGUGGCGGGCCCGCCCGCCUGCAGUGUUCGCCAUGGCGGCGACAGGAGCAGGAGAGCGGGCUGGCGCGGCGGGGCUCGGGGCCAUGUCUGCGCGGCCGCUGGGCGCGGCGGAGCCGCUGUCGCUCGGCUCGCUGCGGGGAAAGGUGCUGCUGGUGGUCAACGUGGCGUCGCUCUGAGGCACCACGACCCGCGACUUCCUGCAGCUGCACGACCUGCAGCAGCGGUACGGGUCCCGCGGGCUGCAGGUCCUCGCCUUCCCCUGCAACCAGUUCGGGCACCAGGAAAAUGCGACGAACGAGGAGAUCCUGUUGUCGCUGGAGCAUGUCCGUCCUGGCAAGGGGUACAAGCCCAACUUCAUCAUGUUCGAGAAGUGCGAGGUUAACGGGAAGAACGCGCACCCCCUCUUCACCUUCCUGAAAGAGGCGCUGCCCUUCCCGCACGAUGACCCCUCCUCGCUGAUGACAAACCCGCAGUACAUCAUCUGGUCCCCGGUGUGCCGCAACGACAUCUCCUGGAACUUCGAGAAGUUCCUCAUCGGCUCCGACGGCGUGCCCUUCAAACGCUACAGCCGCCACUUCGAAACCAUCAAGAUCCAGGAUGAUAUUGAAUUGCUUCUGGAGAAGGUUGCUAAGUAAAGCGGAGCGCCACAGCGCUCGCUACCUGCUCAGCUCGUUGCGCUCCUGCCUGUGUUCCUCACAGGGGGCUGCUGCUCUGGCAGAAAUCCCAGUGUCUUGUGCAGAUUUUGUUUUUGAUGGUGCAUCUUCCAAAUUCUUGAAGUGUACUUGAUGUUUUUAAAAGCUGCAUGUGGAUGUUUGGGAAACUAUGCUGGGGCAAGCGGCUGCGAGUCUGAGUUACCUUACUGUGAUUCUCUGAAUAAACAAAAAAAUGUACUUGCUUUAA